AUGAGCGGGAAGGGCAAGGCCACAGAAAAGAAAAGGCCCAGGGGAGCAGGAAGAGAGAAAGAGAGAAGAGGGAUCAGGGAUCUGUGGCUAAGAAGAGUUUCUCUCUUAAGCCCUCUAGGUCAGGAAGUCAGACAAAGCGCAGAGCAUGGAAAGGAGGCAGCAGAGCGUGGAAAGGAGGUGACGGCUGCCCAGAGUGUGAUCCUGGAGACGCAGGAGUUCAGCCCCAUGGGAGGGAGAGUGCACGCGGUGCUGGCCUCUGCCCUGCUGUACUUCACCCAGCUUCCGUGGGCAAGAUGUGAGGAGAACUGUGUCAGCCCUGAACAUUGCCUGACCACAGAUUGGGUCCAUCUCUGGUAUAUAUGCUCUCCCUCCCCCCUCCCCUCGCCAGCCCUGCAGUCAGUGUUUGGCCCCGCGGCUCGGAGGAUCCUGGCGGUGGCCCACUCCCACGGCUCCCUGGCCCAGCUGCCCUCCUCCGUGGACACCCUCCCAGGGUAUGAGGAAGCUCUUCACAUGAGUCGCUUCACUGUCGCAAGGUGUGGGCAGAAAGCGCCUGACCUACCCUCAGUGCCAGAAGAAAAGCAGCUGCCUCCAAUGGAGAAGGAGCCUCCUGGGGAACGCUCUUCAAACUGAUGGGAACUUUGGUUUUAGAAAUGGGGUUGGGGGUCUCCCCAGAGUUGGUAAAGAUAGACAAAUGGAUCGUUUUUUGCACCCAGUCAGAAGAUUUAGGAUGACAGCUAAACCUCAUUCAGUGGAAAACACAGUUUCCAACUCUUCAUUUCCAGCCACAUAUAUUUUCUGAUAUGGAAUGCUCUGCAAACUCUCGUUGUUUAUCCAGUACCAAAAUUUGCAACUAACCUCUAGCAAUGCUUCCCGAAGUUUCUUGAAUUCUUCAACUAUUGAGUUUCUUUAUCUAUAUGACACUGCAAGUUGCUCUUGUCUGCUAGCUCAUAGGUAGAAUACACUUGAGGAGAAAGACAGCCGUAAUCGUUAAUGUACCAAAUUCACUCUUCCUCUUCAGGGAACACCCACUUUUAUACUGAAUGACAGUGGUAACCUUGGACAUCAUGUAAUACCUAACUGGACAUCCGGCAUCCAGGGUGGGAUUGCAGGCACAGGCUGGGAGAACACGGUAUAUAGAGAAGUGCCAAAUACCCAGGUCCUUCUUUCACUCGGUGGUAUUGGACACUGCACAGAGUGCAGUAACAGUUCCAUUCAGUUUUCUGUUCCUCUGCCCUGUGAACGCACAUAUGCACACACGCGUGUGGGCACACACACGCACCCUUUUCUAACACUGAAAGAAUAGCAUUGCUUUGCUGCUUUCCUUUGACCACUUCAAGUGCCUAGUGACAGCCACUAGUCUCUAGUGGUGGCCUUCACUGCCACCUAGUGGAGUGGUGAUAGAAAUGCAUUCUCCUCUUGGAGCCUGUCUGCACACCUCUCCAGUUCCUUGGUUAACUGAACCACGCCUGGGUGAGAUUCUUCCCAAGGCACCAUCCGGUUGUGUAAUGUUAAGCUGUCCAACUGACAUACCACCUCCAAAAUGUACUGCUGUUGGAAAACUGAGGACAUGAAUUAUAUUUGAUGAACAACUACUCACCAGUGACCUUAGAUAACUCAAUGAAAUCUUUAAGCACAGUUUUCUCAUCUGUAAGAUAGGCAGGUGAUAAUAACACCUUAUACGUUUGUUGUGAGGCUCUAAUAAACUAAGUAUAUAUGACAAGA